AAUUGUUAACCAAUAAAAUACAUAGCUUCCGAGUGUUGCAAAUGUUUGGUGUGAUCUUCUAGCGGAAAUUUUGCACAAAUUAUUGAGCAGCUAGUUGUCCGCAUUGUGUAAAGUAUAGUCUGAAAAAGGAUCUGCUUUAUGCUUGUACGCAUUUCUGCUGUAGUUUCGUUGUAGAGCCACCUGUGGUGUUUGCGCUGCAGCCGCGGACAUUCGGGCAUUUUUGUUUUUUUUUCCUUCGUUUGAGCGUUCUAACCACAGUGGAAGUGUUCUUUUCUGCUAGAUGAUAAAAAUUCGCAGCUAAAGGCUGGAGCGUCUGAUUCUGGCACUACUAGUAGAAUACAACAGUGAUUCUUUAUACAAAUACGUUCUCAAUCACUUUGUGUAAUUGAAAUAAUAAAAAGAGAAGUAAAACGCUGGAAAAUUUAAAGCGACGAUAGGAGAAGAGUUCAUCACAACAAGGGCUAUAUAUCGUACGCUAAGUGGCGUUAUACCACAGUAAAAUUUUUUUGGUGCACAAAACGUCACUAUUUCGAAAGUUAUGUUAUUUCGCAAAGUGCCUAACUGAAAAGAAUAAGCCUUAUAGGAAAACUUAGCAGCUAGUUUCAUUUAUUAGAAAUUACCACAAACACCCCUCACCAGUGAAAGUGAAUAGUAAAACUAAGAAAAUGCACCAUACCGAAAACGAUAAAAAACGGGCCAAUUUUUCGGCCCUGAGCCCUAUCAACGGAGCAAUUAUUAAAACAACUGCAACUGGAAAGCCCGGAGAUGUUAAAAAAAUAAUAAUUAAAAAUAUGAAAUCUUACCCAUCAAUUCCGGAAAAUUUUGAAGAAACUACAUGGAAUCAGCUACGCAAAGCAGUAAUUGCUAUUCAGACGUCUACACCUAUUGAAUACUCGCUAGAAUGUCUCUGCCAGGCCGUAUCGCAUAUGUGUGAAGACAAGAUGGAUUCGCAAUUAUACGUCAACCUGACGGCCCUAGUGGAGCAGCAUGUGAAGGCAAACAUUGUACCUUUUUUAUCUGAAUCGGGCGACAAAUUGGUGUAUCUAAAGAAAAUGAACGAUUAUUGGCAAUCGCACUGCCAACAGAUGAUCAUGAUUCGUAGCAUUUUCCUGUAUCUCGAUCGCAUAUACGUCUUGAAUAAUCCAACAGUGCAUUCGAUUUGGGAAAUGGGGCUAGAACUUUUCCGUGAUCAUAUUGCUAUGAACAACUUAGUACAAGCACGUACCGUCGAAGGAAUUCUUAUAUUGAUCGAAAAAGAGCGGCAUGGUGACACGGUAGAUCGGUCUCUACUAAAGAGCCUUUUAAGAAUGCUAUCUGAUUUGCAAAUCUAUAGAGACGCGUUCGAGCAAAAGUUCCUCAUGGCCACGAAACAUUUGUAUCAAGCGGAAGGCCAAGCCAAGAUGGAAGAGCUUGAUGUUCCGGAUUAUUUGCAGCACGUGGACAAGCGUUUGAACGAAGAAGAAGAACGCUUAGAACACUAUCUCGAUGGCUGUACAAGGCAUCAACUGAUCGUAACCGUUGAGAGACAGCUUAUCAAUGAACAUGUAACUGGAAUUUUGCAAAAAGGUUUAGACCAACUAUUAGAGGAAAACAGGCUGAGUGAUCUUACCCGACUUUACAAGUUGUUCAGUCGUGUCAAAAAUGGUACGACGGAACUCUGUGCACAUUUUAAUGCUUACAUAAAAAAGAAGGGACGAACCAUCGUCAUAGAUCCAGAGAAGGACAAAUCGAUGGUGCAGGAUCUACUGGACUAUAAAGACAAAAUGGAUAACAUUGUUAAUACAUGCUUCGAAAGGAAUGAAAAAUUCGGAAACUCGCUACGCGAAGCUUUUGAGUACUUCAUAAACCAACGAUCUAAUAAACCGGCAGAAUUGAUUGCGAAAUAUGUCGAUAUGAAAUUGCGCGCAGGAAACAAGGAGGCAACCGAAGAAGAGUUAGAACAGAUUCUUGAUAAGAUAAUGGUGCAAUUUAGGUUCAUUCACGGCAAGGACGUGUUUGAAGCAUUUUACAAAAAAGAUUUGGCCAAACGCCUGCUAGUUGGCAAGUCUGCUUCAGUUGAUGCGGAAAAAAGCAUGUUAUCCAAACUCAAACAAGAAUGCGGCGGAGGAUUCACAUCAAAGCUAGAAGGAAUGUUCAAGGAUAUGGAACUGAGUCGUGACAUAAAUUUUGCUUUUAAACAGAGCAUGCAGAACUCGGAACACAAGGAACUUCAGAACAUCGAUCUAACUGUUAACAUCUUGACAAUGGGAUUUUGGCCAACGUAUCCUGUCAUGGAGGUUACACUUCCUCAGGAAUUAUUACAGUAUCAAUCGAUUUUCAACAAAUUCUACCUAGCAAAACACAGUGGCCGAAAACUGCAAUGGCAGCCAACGCUUGGACAUUGCGUACUUAAAGCCCAAUUUGAUGCGGGACCAAAAGAUUUGCAAGUGUCUCUGUUUCAGGCACUAGUGUUGCUGUUGUUCAACUAUAAUGCUGCUAUUACAUUCGAAGAAAUUCGUGCAGCAGUUAAUAUAGAGAAUGGAGAAUUGAAACGCACCUUACAAUCGCUCGCUUGUGGAAAGGCACGUGUUUUGACGAAAAUACCCAAAGGUCGUGAAGUGGAAAACACUGACAAAUUUCAGUUCAACAAUGAAUUCACCAAUAAGUUGUUUAGGAUUAAAAUAAAUCAAAUCCAAAUGAAGGAAACGACGGAAGAACAAAAAGCCACAGAAGAACGUGUAUAUCAAGACCGACAAUAUCAAAUUGACGCAGCAAUUGUCCGCAUUAUGAAGAUGAGAAAAACACUUAGUCACAACUUGUUAAUCACGGAAUUAUAUAAACAGCUCACUUUUCCAGUUAAGCCGGCCGAUUUAAAGAAACGAAUCGAAUCAUUGAUAGAUCGAGAUUAUAUGGAACGUGAUAAGGAUAACCAAAACCAGUAUAAUUACGUUGCCUAAUUCCUUUCGUUUACUCAAAAAAAUACGUUUUACUUUAUAAAUUGUAAAAUUGAGCAGGUGUUUGUGAAAAUAUCUUUUUUUUGUUAAAAACAACUGCGAACUAUAGGGAUAUCCAAGGAUUCGUCACAAAAAUGAAGAAACAACAUACACAUUGAGAAGCAUUCUUUUGUAGUAGACUUUUUUUAUCACUAAUGAAAUGAAUUUAAAGAAUUUUCGAGUUUCUGUUUAAAUUCAUUCGAUUAAAAGAUAAGCAAAAAGUAAUGUUCAUCGCAACCUACUGAAAAAGGCAUUAGACUUGAACUGCUCUUUGAUUUUAAACAUCCGCAUGUACAUUUUGUAAUAAAUCUGCGAAGAUCGUAUAUGUAAUAAUAA